AUGGCCAAACCUACAUCAAAAGAAUCAACACUAACAAUGUUUGAACUACUAAAGCCUUCUGCAGCUGCAACUGAAGCUGGCGUUGCUCGGCUUGGUCGUCUAGCAUUCGCUAGUAAUCGAAGGAUUAUGCAGACACCAAACUACAUCGCUGUUGCAUCUCGAGGAGUUGUUCCUCACUUGACUCCAGACAAUGUCGCCAAGCACACCACAUUUGAUGCCGCGUAUCUAGCAAUCGAGGACUUUCUUGAGAAAUCACAACCUCCUGUUCUUCAGCUGCCCCCUGGUACACCAAGAAAUCUUCAGAGCUUUACUGCUUUCCCUUCAGAUCGAGCACUGAUUCUCGGACCAAGACGGUUCCCAGCUGUGACAACACCUGUUGGAAACGGUGCUCAUCAUGUCAGCAUUUUUACCUCUACCGGUUUCCGCAAUCUCACUAUCCCCGAGUUCGCUAAGACUAUUGAACUCACUCAACCAGAUAUCGCCAUUCCUCCAGCUGACCUCUUCCACUCCAGCUCAACACCGACGUCAAAACGUCAAAUUCGCAUGGUUGAGAGAACCGAAGAAUGGGUUGAUGAAUUCUUUCAUCUCUCGGACCCCAAGAGUCGUCUAAAAGAGAUGGGUGUUUCCAUCUUUGCUCCUGUAUUGCCUGUAGAGUACCCUAUACAGUGGGACUACUUGCGGUAUCUUGCAGAAGACGUGCGAGAUUGCCUCUCUGGUCUUGCAGUUUAUGAUGUUAACCUUGUUCCUGAACUGGCGAACUAUCCCUCUCUUGGAUCUCUGCCGCGGUUGUCAUUUGGACCAUCUAAGAGCCCCCAGGAUAUUCUGCGACAGAUCGCUCUAGGUAUCGAUAUAUGCACGGUACCUUUCGCCAACACUGCCUCCGAUGCAGGCAUUGCCCUAUCAUUCACCUUCCCACCCCCCGAGUCCUCUGAUAUGCAGCCACUGGGUAUCGAUAUGUGGUCAGAGGAGCAUACGACAUCCCUGCAGCCUCUACUGAACGGUUGCCAAUGCUACACUUGCACCAAGCACCACCGGGCUUUCAUUAAGCAUCUACUGAACGCGAAGGAGAUGUUGGGCUGGAAUCUACUCCAAAUCCACAAUCAUGCCAUCCUCACUUCAUUCUUCGAAGGCGUUCGAGCAGCUCUAAACGAGAGCGCCGAGAAGUUUGACGAGCUUCACAAGAAAUUCUUGACUGUCUACGAGCCCGAGGUCCCUGCUGGAACUGGAGUGAGACCCCGAGCCAGGGGUUACCAUUUCAAGAGCAUAGCUGGUCAGGCUAAGAUCAACGAGCCUAGCUGGCAAGCGUUUGAUUCGGUCGAUGCCAGUCCCCACCCCGAGGCCAUUGCAGAACCUCUGGCAGCUGUCGAUGGAACACUGCCCGUCGAUGAGGUUGCACCGAGUUUGGAGAAGUGA